UUCCUUUUGUUUUGCUGUUCCAAGUUACAGUUCUUCAAACCCCCUCAUGAAAAGGAAUGCAAACCAGAGAGCCAUUGUUCACAAUACUCAACUUGUGCAUCGAAAAAUGAGUCGUAUCCCAUUUUGGGAACUUUUUAUUGUGAUUUUUCUCAUCUUUCGUGUUGCAAAUUCAGAAGAAAAUGAGGUGAAGCAAGCCCUAGUGCAGUUCAUGCAGAAACUGUCACCAGAAAAUGCAACAAGAGAUGGCCAAUGGGGUUGGAACAUGAGCACAGAUCCUUGCACAAGCAACUGGACUGGCGUGGAAUGCAACAAAAAGGGUCUUGUGAGGAAGAUAAAACUCGAAAAGGCCAACCUCACCGGAGUUCUUGAUGCGAGUUCUCUUCGUGUUACAAAGACUCUUGUUGUUUUGAGUCUUAAAGACAACAAUAUUACUGGUCUGCUCUCAGAAGACAUUGCACUUUGCAAAGAUUUAACUCACUUGUAUUUGAGUGGGAAUCAUUUCUCUGGGGUCCUUCCUGAAUCUCUCUCUCAGUUGAGCAAUCUGAAAAGAUUUGAUAUAUCCAACAAUAACUUCAAUGGUGAGCUUCCUGAUAUGCAAAAGAUUUCGGGCUUGUUAUCUUUUCUUGUUCAAAACAAUCAACUCGAGGGUUCAAUUCCGGAGUUUGAUUUCUCUAAUCUUAAGGAGUUCAAUGUCUCCAACAACUUGUUCAGUGGUCCGAUCCCUGAUGUCAAAGGCCAUUUCAAUGCAAGCAGCUUUGCAGGUGAUCCUAACCUGUGUGGGGAACCACUCACUACUUCCUGCCCACCAGUUCCAAUGAAGUCAAAGAAGUCUUCAUCCCAAAAGGUUCUUAUCUUCUCAGGCUAUGUAAUACUUGGCCUAGUUGUGGUGUUGUUUUUGGUAUAUAAGUUUUUCAAUAGAGGAAAAUCAUGUGAAGAAAAAAAACAAAACCCUAAUAAGGAGGCCGAGUCACUUGAGACUCCUAGCAGUAUACCUAGUACUACUACUACUAGUAACUACAAGGCCGGUGGGGGAAAUCAGACAUCAGAGUUUUCCUUGACAUCUGUUGAAUCUGGAAUUGCUGCGCCGCUUGUGGUUUUCACCAGUCCAUUGUUGAUGGGAUUGACUUUUGAGCAGUUGCUCCGAGCUCCAGCUGACCUGCUUGGGAAAGGAAAAAAUGGGAGCCUCUACAAAGUCUUGCUUGAUGGAGGGGUUAACUUGGUUGUGAAGAGAAUCAGAAAUUGUGGGAUGUCGAGCGAUGACUUCAAGACUAGGAUGAUGAAAAUUGACCGAGUGAAGUGUCACAAUGUGUUACCUACAAUUGCAUUUUAUUGUUCAAGGCAAGAGAAGCUCUUGGUCUAUGAAUAUCAACCAAAUGGAAAUCUGUUUAAUCUUCUUCAUAGAUCUCCAAAAGGCCAAAUCUUUGACUGGGGAAGCAGAUUGAAUGUUGCAGAUAGCAUUGCUGAGGCACUCGCCUUCAUGCACGGAGAGCUAAAUGAAGAUGGUAUUGCUCAUGGUAACCUAAAGUCCAUGAACAUUUUGUUCAACAUGGCCAUGGAACCUUGCAUCAGUGAAUAUGGAAUAAUGAUGGCUGAAACUCAAGAACAGUCGGUCUUUUCUUCCAAUAAUGAAAUCCGAAAUGACAAUGCUACAAAAGGCCAUCCAUAUGGCACAUUCAAUGGUGAUGUUUAUGCUUUUGGGGUGAUUCUUCUUGAGCUUCUAACAGGGAAGAUGGUCCAGAAGAACGGUUUUGAUUUGCCUAGCUGGGUGAACUCCAUGAUCAAAGAGGAAUGGACUGUUGAGGUUUUCGACAGGGCUUUGAUAUUGGAAGGUUCAAGCGAGGAAAGGAUGGUGAGCUUGUUGCAGGUAGCAUUGAAAUGCAUAAACUCUUCUCCAACUGAUAGGCCAGCUAUGGAUCAAGUUUCCUUGAUGAUCAAGUCGAUAAAAGAGGAUGAGGAGAGCUCUGUAACAUUUGAUCCAUGAAGAAAAGCUCAGAAGUUGUGCCUCUUGUUGUAUUUAAUUUGAUUUCAAAUCAUUCGGGUUGUACAGAAUUUCCUUCUGCAUACACCAUAUAUGUGGUUUGUACUUUCA